AUGAAGACGUAUUCGUAUACACUGUUGCUGCCAAACGAUUGCGAAGGUUCAACAGCGAAUGAGCUCAAUACGACGAAACGCAGCAUUCUGAAGUUCGUCAUGAGCGUCUUCGAUCCCCUCGGGUUGAUUUCGAACUUACUCGUUCACGGUAAAAUGAUCAUUCAGGACCUGUGGAGAACCCAAGUUGGAUGGGAUGAGCCUAUCCCAGCAGAAAUUCUCAUAAACUGGCAAAGUUUGGAAUCGUUGCAACUGCAUGUGUUCGUGGAUGCGAGUGAAUCUGCAUUUGCGUGCGUCGCCUAUUUUCGUGUGGUUGAUCACAGUCAGCCACGAUGUACAUUAAUCGCUUCCAAAGCAAAAGUGGCACCACUGAAGCCACUAUCAGUCCCUAGGUUGGAGCUACAAGCGGCGGUUAUUGGGAGCCGAUUAGCGAAGUCCAUUGCCGACUACCAUACGGUAACUAUAAGCCAGAGAUUCUUUUGGAGUGACUCCAGAACAGUGCUUUCCUGGAUUAAUUCCGAUGCCAGGAAGUACCGGCAAUAUGUAGCGGUUCGUAUCGGCGAAAUACUGGAAGAAUCACAACCUGAAGAGUGGCGCUGGAUACCUACUAAAUUAAACGUGGCGGAUGAGGCAACAAAGUGGGGAAAAGGACCUACAUUAAGUUCGAAUAGCCGGUGGUUUUCAGGACCAGACUUCCUCCUACAAGCGGAGAAUGAGUGGCCACAACAUCAAAUAUCAGCAAGCUGUACCGAGGAAGAACUACGAACUAUUCACGUGCAUCAUGUAACGAGGGUACAGCCGUGCAUUGAGUAUGGUAGGUUCUCCAAAUGGGAAAGGAUGCUCCGCACUACGGCGUAUGUAUAUUCCUUUAUGGAUAGUUGUUGCGGACUCGGCAAAAGAGGAGCCAUGCAGGCAAGGCACCAGUUGAAGUCAGAAGAUUUUGUUCGAGCGGAGAGGGCGUUGUGGCGGAUUGCACAAGCGGAUGAAUAUGCCGAAGAAAUACUAAUUCUAAGAAAAGCAAACACAACCAACAAAGAGAAGGCGAAGGAAUUGAACCGAGAUAGUCCUAUUCGACAGCUAUCACCAUUUCUAGAUGAGUACGGGGUGGUUCGCAUGGAAGGCCGCACAGAAGCAUCUCCACUAUCCACAUACGACGCGAAAUAUCCGGUUAUCCUGCCGAAAAACCAUCGCGUGUCUGAGCUCAUUGUGGACUAUUACCACCGGCGGCUCGGGCAUCAUAACAGUGAAACUGUGGUCAAUGAAGUACGUCAGCGGUACCACAUUUCUACUCUCCGGACGCUAGUACGCAAAGUGACAAAAAAGUGUCAGUGGUGCACAGUAUAUAAAGCUCAACCUGUCGUACCCAGAAUGGCUCCAUUACCCGAAGUGCGAGUAACUCCGUUUGUUCGUCCAUUUUCGUUGGUCGGUAUCGACUACUUCGGGCCAUAUAUGAUCAAGAUUGGCCGAAGUCAAGUGAAGCGCUGGGUGGCACUCUUCACUUGCUUGGUUAUAAGGGCGGUGCAUUUGGAAGCAAUAGCUUCCCUAUCUACAGAAUCGUGUAAACUGGCGUUGCGUCGAUUCAUUUCUCGUCGAGGUGCCCCAACACAAAUCUACACUGAUCACGGAACAAAUUUCGUCGGUGCAAGUCGAGAGCUGGCACAACAAACAGCGGCAAUGAAUCGUGAAUUGGCGGAAUCCUUCACGGAUGCAAAUACGAGGUGGAACUUUAUUCCGCCGUCCUCUCCGCACAUGGGUGGUGCGUGGGAAAGGAUGGUCAGAGCGGUAAAAAUUGCAAUGGAGUCGGUCAACCAUUCUCGCGCGCCAUCUGAAGAAGUUUUUCACACGAUUUUGUGUGAUGCGGAGUCAAUGGUCAACUCGCGACCGUUGAUGUACGUGCCCUUGGAGACAUCGGAUCAGGAGGCAUUGACUCCUAAUCAUUUCAUUCUUCUAAGUUCGAAUGGGGUCAAACAGCCGAAGAAAGUUCCAACUAUAGAAGGAAAGGUAUGGUUGGAAUUUGUGUCGUUAUGUUCUGGAUCAGUUUUGGUACAGAUGGAUCCGAGAAUACCUUCCGGUGCUGACGCGGCGCACGAAAUGGCACGACGAAACCCAGCCAAUUCAAGAAGGAGAUUUGGUCUUCAUAGUAGGGGAGCAGAAACGGAAUCAAUGGCCUCGUGGGAAGGUCCUAAAGGUAAUCCUGCUGGACUGAAGCAGCAUUACGGAGAGGGGAAUGUAGCGGCAGGCGUUACAAGCGUUGACGCUCUCAACGAAAUACUCCAUAGGGAUGGUCCACCUGGUAUGACAGAUCCGUCAAGUGGCGAUGGGUUCGAUGGUGUGGGUAAAACUAAAUAA